UCUAGUCGCCAUUCGUCCUCUUAUUCGAGACAAGGCAUGCUGGAGGCGAUCACGGUCUCGAGGUAGAUAUGACUCAGACGGGGGUUAUCUCUGAGGGUAAAUAGUCCUGCAGAGAGGAGUGAGCGAGUGCCUCACGGCUGGUCUUCAUCUAUCCUGAAAAAUAGACGAUCCCCCCCCCUUUCCCUCUUCACUUUUCCUCUGCCACCCCACCAGCCUACCUGGUGUCAGGCUACCUAGUUACAGAUUCACCCACAGUUGAUACGAUGGCGAAGGUAUACUGCGCAUGCGUGCUUUCCAGCCUCGAGGGGCUGAAGGGCCUGGAUCUCCCCACCGGAGACGGGCUGGCCUUGACCGAAGGGGCGAUCGACAAGCGUCUGCGGCAGCUCGAACCCUGCUUCUUCGUCAACCCACCUCCGCCGAUGCUGGAGCCCUCCUGGGACUCGCUCAUGUGGCGUGUCUGCCGGCUGGCCCGCAAGGCACCCCAAGGCCCCAUACUUCAGAAGGCGCCCCGACUCCGCGGCAUGGCUUCGCUCUCGCUCCUGAGGUGCGUCGUCGGAGCCAUCGACGCGCCGGCGCGGUUUGCCUGGCCCGAGAAAGAGGCGGACAUGGAGGAGGAGGUGCUGCUGGGCCUCGUCGGGCAGUGGCUCUUCCACGCCGCGGGCCAGCGCCGUUUCUACAUCAAGGAGUACAAGACCGAGCUCGAGGACCUCUGCUUCCUCGCGCUUGACCUAUCUCUCGAGUCGGAGCUCACGCCGCAUCGCUUCGUCAACAUCCCAGGCCGAUACCCGGGGCACGUGCCAGGGUUGCUGCCCCCGCCGCCCUUGGGCCCGCGAGCGGCCUGCUGCGGCUGCUGCUCCUGCUACUGCCACAAGAACGGGCGGCCGCGACGGGGCUCGGGUUUGGGAUCAUCGAUAACCUCGUAUAGCGCCUGCCGGAGACGCUCGAGAUGGCGCUUCAUAGGGUGGCUUAAGAAACUCGCUUUCUGGCGCAAGAAGAGCACCAUGGACGAUGCGUCGUCGACGACGAGCACCAUUGUGAGCUGCUGACCGGGCCGAGGGGAAUAGGGGCACGUGGCCGGAACGUCACGGGUACACGCGAUCUGGAACGGGACGCCUAUAUUAUCCCGAUCUUUUUUUUAUUCAUUUUUCAUUUUGUUGGACAAAGCGGUUGGAACACAGCAAGAAGAAAUUCUCUUAACGGUAUUUUCGAGCUGGCGCAGACGUACCUAUACCACACCUACGU